UGCUCUCCAUUUCUAUUAUUCUUUUCGGCUUAGUUAUGCCUGCGAUUGCUGCCGACAGUCAUUUUAAUUUGAACAACUACGAUACACCAGAUCGUGGAUUUUUAUAUCGCCCUGAUAUAACAUAUAAUUGGGGCCACCUUUCACCCUUCCAUUCUAUGUCAUCGGAAUACAACCCCUCAACUCCCUUACCGGGUUGUACGGUUACAUUUGUACAAUCUCUUACUCGGCAUGGCUCUCGGUAUCCGACACUCGGAAAUAAAUAUAAUACUAUACUUCAACGAAUUCAAUCUUCUGUCAACAAUUAUGGCCCAGGAUUUGAAUUCAUUCAAAAUUAUAAAACGAACAUCCCGUUAGAAACUUUAAACGGUCUUGGGCGUCACCAAUCAAUAAAUGCAGGAAUGCAUUUUUACCGACGAUACCAGAGCUUGGCGAAAAACAACCAACCUUUUAUCCGUUAUGAUGAAGCCGAACGUGUUGUUGAAAGCGGUGAAAAAUGGGCUUACGGCUUCCAUUUAGCUUCUUUAGCCGAUAAAACUCGAAUUGGACCAGAUGAUUUCCCUUAUCCAACGGUUAAACUUCCUGCCGGAAAAGAGUAUAACAACACUUUGAAUAAUAGAAGCUGCCCCAAACGCGACGAAGUCACAGAUCAUUCGGAAUGGCAGGCGUUUAAUCGUUAUCAUAGCGAGAGGAAAUGGUAUACCUACUUUUAUGGCAACCCGUUAGCACCGUCACUGGGAGUAGGGUGGGUAAACGAACUUAUCGCAAGGUUAUUACAAAGACCUGUGCGAGAUUCCACCAGCACCAACACCACACUUACUGCCAAUCCGGAAACGUUUCCCAUGAACAAGAGGCUUUACGCCGAUUUUACCCACGCCACAGACUUUGUACAAAUUUAUGCCGCCUUGGGAUUACUUGUUUCUACACAUAACCCCGUCCCUGCAAACAGAAUCGUGAGCAAUCAAAGGCAUGCUGAAUUUUCGAUCAGCGAGGUGGCGCCUUUCGCGGCUAGGAUGUACAUUGAAAAAAUGACUUGUUCGGGUCAAAAGGAGGAGUUGGUUAGGAUUUUGGUUAACAACCGGGUUAUGUGGCUGCCCAAUUGCGGUGUCGACGAGGAAGGGCGGUGCAAACUCGGCGCAUUUGUCGAAAGUUUGAGUUUUGCUCGGUCUGGCGGAUUCUGGAAGAAAUGUUUUUAG